CAUUGUACACGGUUGACUUAAAUUGUGGCCCCCCUGCCAGUUUCCCCUAGGCAAAGGCAAAAUUGGGUAUAUCGUGACCAUGAAUGCAAACAAAGUAUGUUGGUGCGGUUAAGUUUCAAAACUAUUUGUAUGAGAUAUUGUGGACCACAAUGUGUACUGCCAUAUGGAUUGUACAGACAGGUAUGCUAAUCAACCAUUUGGGAAUAAAUUUGACUGACUGAAAUACAUGCAAAUGUAGCCUAGUAGUACUUAGAUGUGCUCUUAUCAAAAAGUGAUUGACAAUCUUUUAAUCUGGCAGUUGAAUCAAAGUAUUUAAUUCAAGAGACAAAAUAGGGUGCUUAAAUCAUUAACCCAAAUAAUCUUGUUUUGUUGGAGGCUCAGACAGCCUACAAUAAACUAUUUUGAUUGCCUGUUUGUGCUUGAUGAGCUGUAUUUCUGAUCACAUACUGUACAUUAGGCACAACACAGACAUUCUAGAAUUCACUAGAAACUGGGCAACAAUGUAGUGUAGCCUUGGAAGCCAAGUAUCACUUUUUAAUUGUGUGAUGAGGGAUUUCCAGCAGGCAGCACAACACACAGCACCAUGCCUGUUCAGUCCAGCAGUGAGACACAAUGCUGUCUGUCUCUGCAGGUGAUGGAGGAAAUGUCAUAAUCACUGGUUCCCCACUACCUGCCUCAUUCAAGAUGACACUCACUUGUAAUGCUCUAUAUCGCCCCCCUGUUUAUUUCCCCCCACCCACAGAAGAGAAAGAGCUGUCAUAAAGUAUAAUUCAGUAAGAGAUGUUGGCCUGGCCUACUCAGGCUCACUCAGAGUUCUGUGAUUUAAUUUGGACAGACAGGCAAUAACUGUUGCAGUUCAUUUGGAGUAUACAAGUGUAACAUAAAAUGUAUGGUUAUUGUGUGUGUGUGCAGUGGAGGGUAAACACAAGUACUUUUUUUGCACAACAGCUUGCUCACCUUUUGUUAAAAAAAUGUAUUGAAAGUAUAAAGUUUUUCACUGCAAGCAGUGAUCAGUUAUUUUUUACUAACACAUCUGUGUGUGUGUGUGUGUGUGGAUUGACCAAGAUACAAGUAGCCUUAAAAGGGCAGAUGUAGAAAAGCCUAGUUAAAAAAAUUAUCCCAAUUUGGUUUGGUGAAAAAUGACAAUACAUUACAAUUAUAAUGUGGAGCUGAUGAUGGAAACUACCUACUGGUAUGAAGUUAAAACUGAGUCCACGCUCACUGCACGGAUAUAAUCUCGCGAUAACUCCUCCUACUACAUGCAGCAUCACUCGUUGAUGGUGCCUCAAACGGUGCCCCCCCUUCUCCCGCAGCUUCCAUGGGCAAUGCUGUUGCUGUGGAUUUGAUUGACGUGAAACAUGUCGGUGUGGUGGUGGGAGCGAACCGGGAUGCAGCUGCUGGCAUGUGUGACGGUAGAACCUGUACCCAAUCCACACAGCAUCACGUGUAAAAUUAUUAUAAGAAGCUGCUUUAGUGUUAUUGAUCAGCUAUGAUUUUUAUUUGAAAUGAACAAACAGAACGCUGACUGGAUUUAUUAGAUAAGGCUUGAUCGGUUGUGUUCUGACUUGUAUUUCUGUUGAGGAGGUAUAGCCUAGGCUAUCUGCAUCAUGUGUUUGACGAUAUAGCCCUCAGCAUCAGUACCAGGCUCAAUCAGAAACACCUUGAUGAACCACCACCUGGAAUACAAGGACAAUUACAAUGAAGUCGACUUUCACAUAGAUCACAUCUCGUUUCUAAACCAGUGUAUAUAAUAGAUUAUAACACCACGUUGGCUGGCGUUUUGCAGGGUACUUUAUUACAUGGAGCUAUUUCCACCUUUUUGUCCCCGAGUAGAGUAUUUUUUGUUGAAGUACACAUAAAAACGACCACUGCUCGCAAACUAUGGACGAGGAGAAUAUGACAAAAAGCGACGAGCAGCAUUUGAGUUUGCAAAAAGCUUUGCAGCAGUGCGAGUUGGUUCAAAAUAUGAUAGACAUAAGCAUUUCCAGCUUGGAGGGUUUGAGGACCAAAUGUGCCACAUCCAACGACUUGACACAAAAAGAAAUACGAACGCUAGAGGGAAAGCUGGUGAAGUACUUCAGUCGCCAGCUGUCCUGUAAGGUGAGAGUGGCCUCACAGGAGGACAGCACUGAGCUACAGGACUUCCCCAGACUGGGACACUGGUUCCGCAUCGUCAACCUGAGGAAGGAGGUCACUGAGGAGAUGGAUCCGGGCGACGUGACUCUGGAGGGGCUGCUGGAGAUGAGUGAUGAGCAGGUGUGUGAGGCCAUGGAGAAGUUUGGAGCCAACGACGAGGAGUGUGCUCGGCUCAACGCCUCUCUGUCCUGCCUCAGGAAGGCCCACCAGUCCGAACAACUCGAGGAUGACUCAUUGCCCAAUAACGGAGCAGGCAGCCAUGCCAAGCAGGACUGGUCCAUCCAGUGGCCCACCUCUGAGUCUGGCAAGGAGAACACUCCCUUCCCCUCUCCAGAACCCAGCCAGUGGGUCCGCUUCCAGCUCUCCCAAAGCCCCAUGGUCCAGGCCAAGUACAACCAGCAGCACCACAGCCAGUGCCACAGCCCCCAGUCAUUGCUACCCUAUCCGUAUGGCCCCUAUGUCCAGCCAGACCGCCUCACCGUGGACAGCCACCUGGGACUGGGGGCCUUCCCCCCCAUGGACACGGGUCAUCGAUCCCUGCCCCCCUCGCCCCGUCAGAGGCACUUUGCCCACACCCCUCCCCGGACUCCACUGGUGGUGAACACCAUGACCCCCCCGGGCACGCCCCCCAUGAGGCGCAGAAACAAGGUGAAGGCCCCCGGGACGCCCCCACCGCCCAGCCGAAAGCUCAUCCACCUGCUGCCGGGCUUCACGGCGCUACACCGCUCCAAGUCACACGAGUUCCAGCAGGGCAACCGCAUAGUUCUGGAGGCAGCUGACAUGCAGACACUCAAAGUGAAGCAGAAGAAGUCCAAGCCUCAGCACCUGAAGAUCAACAGCAGUGUGGGGAGCUGUGAGAACCUCCCUACCCAACGCUCACCCCUCCACUCCUCUGACCAUCGCUCACUCCGUUCCUUCUUCUUCCCCACCUUCAUCCCCUCCACUCCCCCCGUCCACUCCGAUGCAAACGAAGACUAA